AUGGGGUCGCCGAUUGCACCUGUAGUGGCCAAUAUAUUUAUGGAGUGGGUGGAACGCGAGUUGGUCGAUAAAAUGACGUAUAGACCGCGUUUUUGGCUGCGUUAUGUGGAUGAUGUGUUUGCCAUUGUAAACAGGGAUGAUUUGGCCAUAAUAUUCCAGUGUCUCAACAGUCUACAUGAGAAGGUUCAUUUUACGAAAGAGGAAGAAAAAGAGGGCGGUCUGCCAUUUUUAGACGUGAUGGUGAUCCGGGGGUCUGGUGGUGAAUUACAUACAACGGUGUACCGAAAACCGACUCACACCAACAGAUAUCUCCAUGCGAGUUCGCACCACCAUCCGUCGCAGAUAUCGUCGGUACCAAGAAGCCUCAUAAAUCGAGCCCUAAGUCUUUGUGACCCACCCUAUAUUGAGUGCGAACUAAGAGUGGUGAGACAGGCGCUGGAGAACAAUGGCUAUAGUUGGCGUCAGAGUUCCAGAUGGGCACAAACAACAACUAGGCGGAAACCGUCCUGUGUGAACCGGUCACCAGUGUACUUAACAUAUGUGAAGGGCGUGACGGACAAAAUCAGCCACUAUCUCCAACGGAGAUUUGACAUAGUGACGCGGUUUCGUCCACCUGCACUGGUGAAGAGUAUACUGCGAUCGCCUAAGGAUAGGGAUCCGCUGAACGUGCCCGGGGUGUACAAGAUUCCGUGUGACUGUGGUAGAUCAUACAUCGGGCAAUCAACAGAUUCGUCCCGUCACUGA